GAUCGAUUGGGGUCGGGGCUACGUUUCCGGUGGGAAGCGCCAUGGGGACGGGGUCACUACUGCCAUACAAACAUGAUUAUCGCCGGGCAGAUGAAACCCAGGAAGAGCUUGUGGGCGCAGAUUGUUCGUCCACGCAAUCCCAAGAUCUAUGUCAAGCCUAAGCUAGACAAUUGGGUUAAACAUCAUAAGACAAAGGCUCCGGCGGCCGGCGACCUCAAGAGGAUCCUGCUCAAACUUCGUAAGGACGGCCGCUUCUAUCAAGCUCUACAGGUUUAUGAAUGGAUGAGAAAGAAAGGUAUUUAUAAACUCUCAUCUAGUGACUAUGCUGUCCAGUUCAACUUGAUUUGUAAGGUUCGAGGACGUUCUGCUGCGGUGCACUAUGCCAAGAACUUGCCAAAACAAGCUAGAAAUGACAAGACGUAUGGAAAACUCCUUCGAUGUUAUGUGGAUCCACGCAGUGGAUACAUACAUAGCAUACAUAGGGGUCCUUUAUUCCCUCUUCCGAAGAUGAAAGAGUUGGGUUUUGCGUUGUCGCCUCGCCCUUUUAAUGAAAUCAUGCGCUUUAACGCCUCCAAACCUGCGCAUGUCCUUGAGGUGUUGGCCGAGCUGAAGAAGAGCGGGGUUUCCCCUGAUAAUGAUAGUUACAGAAUCUGCAUUAGUUCAUUUGGGUUAAAAUAUGAUCUGGAUGGGAUGGAGAGGAUGCUGAGAGAAAUGGAGACUCAACCCCACAUUGUAAUGGACUGGUGUACUUACGCCGUUGUAGCCGAGUUCUA